GCUUAUAAGUAAUGAAACUCUUUUAAAUAACUUUCAUUCUUCUAACACUUUAUAUAAUAUAAAGUAUCUCCAUAUAUAUAAUUACUUUCUUUCCUUAAGCCAAUAAUAUUUUUCACUUAUAGAAGACAGAAAAAUAACAAGAAAUAUGGUAGGGUUUAAUGAAUUUGGAGAUGAACAUUAUUUUGUUGGCCAUCAUACUGAUGCUGUUAUCUUUGAACUUAAUAGUUUGCACAACCAACUCAAAGAGAAAGAUAGAGAACUUGGAGCAGCUCAAAGUGAAAUAAAGGCUUUGAAAGCAACAGACACUCUCAAAGAUAAGGCACUUGAAGAGCUUGGAAGUAAUGUUCAAAGACUGGAAGAAAAAAUGAAAAUAAGUGAAAAUCUUCUUGAACAAAAGAAUCUUGAUAUCAAGAAUCUCAGUAAUGAGAAGAAAGAAGCUCUGGCUGCACAAUAUGCUGCUGAAUCAACUCUUAGAAGAGUGUAUGCAGACCAGAAGGACCACGAUUCGCCUCCUAUCGAGUCCAUUAUUGCUCCUCUUGAAGCAGAGAUUAAGAUGUAUAAGAAUGAGAUUGCAGCAUUACAGGAAGAUACAAGGGCUUUGGAAAGACAAAACAAGUCAAAAGAAGCAGCAUUGUUAGAAGCAGAAAGGAUACUAAAAAGUGCUUUAGAAAGAGCACUAAUAGUUGAAGAAGUUCAGAAUCACAACUUUGAGCUGAGAAGACAAAUUGAAAUCUGUCAGGAGGAACACAAAAUACUUGAUAAGACGAACCGUCAAAAGAUUUUAGAAGUUGAAAGGCUUACCCAAACUAUUAAAGAGCUUGAAGAGGCAAUUCUUGCUGGAGGAGCAGCUGCUAACAAGAUUCGCGACUGUCAAAGACAAAUUUCUGAACUACAAGAGGAGAAGAGGACAUUGGAAAGGGAACUAGCAAGACUCAAGAUUUCAGCAAAUCGAGUAGCAACAGUCGUGGCAAACGAGUGGAAAGAUGAGAAUGACAAAGUCAUGCCUGUUAAACAAUGGCUAGAAGAGAGAAAACUUUUGCAGGCGGAGAUGCAACGACUAAGAAACAAGCUCGUGAUAUCGGAGAGAACUGCUAAGGCUGAAGCACAAAUCAAGGACAAGCUAAAAUUGAGGCUCAGGACUUUGGAAGAAGGGCUAAAGCAAGUAACAAGUGUCUCUGUCAUUCCUAAUGGAUCGCCAAAACCUCAAAAGACUAAUCAUUUGUUUAGUAUAUUGUCGAGCAAUGCUGGAUUGAAAAAGAGAUCAACGUCUCAACCAAGGGCAUCUGCCAUCAACAAAAGUUCAGAGAACAGAAGGGAUGAUGCUUCGAAGCAAUUCAACAAGGAAGGCUCGGGAGAUAGCUUGGUGAAGAAGAGCCUGUGGGCUUCUCGAAAUAAGGUUGCUGAAAAGGAAAAUGCAGAAAUCAAAGAAAAUUCUAACGGGCACAUAUAUAGCAAGGAAAUGACAGAUACACAGAAAAUCAAGAACAGGGUUGGUGACCAUGAAGAUAAUAAGAACACUGGAAGUAACGAGAGCAAUGAUAACGAUAUGGUAUCAGGACUUUUGUACGAUAUGCUUCAGAAAGAGGUACUUUGUUUGAGGAAAUUCUGUGAGACAAAAGAGUCUGUUUUGAAUGCUAAAGAUGAAGAAAUCAAGAUGCUAAUGAAGAAGAUUGAGACAUUAAACAAAACCAUAGAAGUUGAAUCUAGGAAAAUGAAGAGAGAAUCAGCUAUAAGAGAGAAAGAUUCAGUAUCAUCGAUGAAGACAGAUGAAAAUGCAAGAAGCAAAAAAUCAUUAACAAGCUCCAUCAGGAUCAAAACAUAUUGAAGAAGAUACAUACGUUGGUAAAAAAAGAUCAAUCAGAUCCCUUUGUUCAUCAGCGUGAUAUAUUCUUACAAAAUUCUUGUAUAUACAAAAUGCAAUUGAGUUGAGUAGCUACAGAAUAAAGUUGUGAUUAAUUUGUGAAGUGAGGAACUAAUUCAAUCAUAUUUUGGAGAGUGAUUCAUAUUCUUAUUAUCUCUCGUUGAUUCGUUUUGCCUAUAUCCUUCUUUGAUAAGCAGUAACUAUUCGAAAAUGAGAGUGGCAUACAUGUAUUCAAGUUUCAGAAA